AUGACUGCCAGGGCCUAGGCCUCGUGGCGGUCUUCAGCUCUGCUCCUCCUGCUUGUCCCAGGCUAUUUUCCUCUGAGCCACCCCAGGACCGCGGCGGGCCCCGUGGGGGGAUCCCUGAGUGUGCAGUGUCGCUAUGAGAAGGAACACAGGACCCUCAACAAAUUCUGGUGCAGACCACCACAGAUUUUCCUAUGUGACAAGAUUGUGGAGACCAAAGGGUCAGCAGGAAAAAGGAAUGGCCGAGUGUCCAUCAGGGACAGUCCUGCAAACCUCAGCUUCACAGUGACCCUGGAGAAUCUCACAGAGGAGGACGCAGGCACCUACUGGUGUGGGGUGGAUACACCGUGGCUCCGAGACUUUCAUGAUCCCAUUGUCAAGGUUGAGGUGUCCGUGUUCCCGGCCGGGACAACCACAGCCUCCAGCCCCCAGAGCUCCAUGGGCACCUCAGUUCCUCCCACGAAGCUGCCCGUGCACACCUGGCCCAGCGUGACCAGAAAGGACAGCCCUGAACCCAGCCCACACCCUGGCUCCCUGUUCAGCAAUGUCCGCUUCCUGCUCCUGGUCCUCCUGGAGCUGCCCCUGCUCCUGAGCAUGCUGGGUGCCGUCCUCUGGGUGAACAGACCUCAGAGAAGCUCUAGAAGCAGGCAGAAUUGGCCCUAGGGUGAGAACCAGUAG